AUGUUGGAACAAUCAUUAUCAUCCUCACCAACAUUCUGGGCUGCUCUCUACAGCUGGUUCACUCCCACUGUCUUCUUCCUCCUCCUCCAACUCGUUAUCGCCACCAUUUACAUCACUUCCACCCUUGCAAAUGCCUCCCACAAACACCACCAUCAACAACAACAACAACAACAACAAGAUCCCAACUUUCCACAACAACAACUAUUUAGAUCUCCUUCUGUUUUACAAAGACUCAAAUCCAUCAACCUUUACUCUUACCAAAACUAUUAUAGAUCCCAACAUGAAGAACAUCACACUCCACAACCUCAACCCUACCAACAUGAACAACAUCACACUCCACAACCUCAACCCUACCAACAUGAACAACAUCACACUCCACAACCUCAAACCUACGAAAACCAAAUCCAUGUCCCUCAACUCGCUAGAUCUCCUUCUGUUUUGCAGAGACUCAAAUCCAUCAACCUCUAUAGUUACUUCCCUACUCAACCCUUCACUUCAAAACUCGAAAACACCAAAGUGGAAGUUAAAGAGUCAGAAGAAGACGAUGUCUUGGGAGAGAUAAGAGACAGCCUCGGAGGAAACGAAGAAGAGGAAGGUCAUCAUGUUUCUUUAGAAGAGGUUUUCAUGAAAUUGCAGGGGCAAGGAGGUAAUUUCGCAAGGACACAUUCAGACACAAAGCCGGAUUCAGGGGAGGUUCCGGUGAAGUUGCCGAGGAAGAUGAAGAAAUCUGCAAGCAAUAAAUCUGCGUUUUCUCAUUUCAAGGAAGAUGAUAUUGUGGAGAGCCGCCGGCCGGCCACCGUGAAAGAGGCUAAAGCUGCCGCCAUGGAUGAAGACGAGUUGGUUGAUUCUAAGGCGGAUGAUUUCAUCAACAAGUUCAAACAACAGUUGAAGUUGCAGAGAAUUGAUUCAAUUAUGAGGUAUAAGGAUAUGGUUAACAAAGGAAUUAGCAAGUAA